AUGGUCGAACUCAAGAAAGUUGCCAAACAAAAGUCUACUGCUGGACCUUCAGGAAAAUCCAAACAGAAACAACAACACAUUCCCUCAAAAACCAAAACUCGUGUACCACUCUUCCAAAAGAUUGUUCAAGAACAAAUUCAACCUGCUUACCCAUCUCCCAUUCUCGAUGAGAAACGAGAUCGCAACUUUGAAGAUCUGAUGAAACAUUCCCUCGAUGAAAUCUUGAAACUCAAACAUACGGACAAUCCACACAGUUCCUUCAUUGGUAAGGCUGAAAGAAUUCUCAAUGCUGAGGAAGAUAUUGCCAAUUAUAGAGCCAAAGCAGAGCUUCCACUUCAUCCUUCCACACCAAAACAAGUCAUUUCUAAAGUUUCAGAGUAUUUUCACGGUGUGAUGGAUCUUUCCUCUCCAGUGAAUUUGGAAAAUGUGAAUCCUCCUGCAAAUAUUCCAGCAUUGAUUAGUUCCUUCUUUGGUUCAUUGUACAACGUGGCAGUGGUCCACGAUGAAUUUGCUUGGAAUGUUUCAUUGACAGAAAUUGAAUCUUUGGGAAUGUUAUCGAAAUUGGUCGGUUGGGAUCCACAAACUGCGAAUGGAAUAUUUACUUUUGGAGGAACAGGAAAUGAAUUGUAUGCCCUCAAAGUUGCUUUAGCAAGGUGUCUCGGAAUGAAAUAUCGUUACAAAGGUAUUCGUGAUAGUGAUCAUGUAAAGGUUUUUGUCUCUGAGAUUGGUCACUAUUGCAAAUUUAACACCUGUGAUUGGUGUGGUAUUGGAAUGGACAAUAUUGUUGGUAUUGGCAUCAAUGAUGACAAUUCGAUGAAUAUGGAUGACCUCUACAAGAAACUCUCCGAAUCUGCUCGCAACAAGGAAAAAAUUGCAUGCAUUAUUGCUACCUGUGGAUCGACGGACCCAUUCGGUGUCGAUGAUGUUCGCAGCAUUGUGGAAAUUCGUGACAAGAUUGUUGAGGAAUAUCAACUCGAUUACAAACCCUUCGUUUACGUCGAUUCUGUGAUUGGAUGGCCAUGGCUCUUCUUCCGUUAUUAUGAUUUUGAGAAGAAUCCUCUCCAAAUUGACACUCAAUAUGUCCUUCCUGCCAUUAAGAGUGUGUUUGAAAGAAUUCAAUUCAUGAAUUUGGCAGACGCUGUUGGAAUUGAUUUCCACAAGACUGGAUUUUCUCACUACGUCUGUAGUUGUGUCUUAUUCAAAGACAGAAAAGAAUUUGAAGAGAAUCUAUCACGUCCCAAAGAGUUCAUGUAUUACUUGUAUAAUUUCUCUGUGUACAAACCUGGAUGCUACACACUCGAAUGCUCGAGACCUGCCAUGUGCUUGUCUGCCUAUAGCACUUUGUUAUUGUUUGGAAUUGAGGGUUAUCAGUCAAUGAUUGCUCAUUUGGUGAGUGUUCAACAUGCACUUCGUACCGCUCUCUCUGAAUUUGAGAACAUUGUCAUUGUAAAUGAUUUGGAUAAUGGAUUUGUGACACUCUUCAGAGUCUAUCCAGAAGGAAUCAAUGCCAAAGAGCAAUACAAAAAAGAAUUUGAAGAGAGUGAUGCCACAGUUGUUAACAAAUCCAACGAUUAUCAAAAACAUAUUGCAAACAUUCUUCACUUGAAACGAAUCGAAGAAGAUGGACCUGCUCUCUCCUACACUAGAAAUUUCAGAAAAAACAAACAUGGACUUGCAUUGUCUGCUAUUAAGGCCUUCCCAAUGAGUCCAUUCUGUACUGAAGAACUUAUUCGAGAUUAUGUGGUGAAAUAUAUUGUAAAUGUUUGUAAAGAAGUUGGACAUGAUAUUGACGGCCAUGUUGAAAAAGUGGAAGGAGAAGGCCAUCCUUCAUGGAAAUAUCCAAGACAUCGACAUUUUGACAAGCUAACGAUGCACAAUCAGUGGUAA